GCCAGCGCGGGCGGAGGCCCUGGCGCACGACGGCGCGCCCGGCGCCCCCCCGCGAGGCGCGGCGCCGGGCGACCGCAAGGAGUUCGAGGCGGUGCGCGAGGAGCUCACGGUCAACGUGCAGAAGGGGUCGCAAGAGGAGCAGCUGGGGCUCGAGAUCUUCGAGCACCGCGCGGUGCUGGGAGUGAAGAGGGUGCUCCCGGACGGCGCAGCGGCUGGCUGGAACGCGGCCAACCCAGGCAGGCAGAUCCAGAGCGGGGACUUCGUCGUGUCUGUCAACGGCCUGCGCGGCUGCAGCGCAGCCCUGCUCCACGAGAUCCAGGCGCAGCGCAGCCUGGAGAUCGUCCUGCACCGCGCAGCGCACGUGCAAACGUCGCAGGCGCCCGCGGGCGCUGGCACGCCGCUGUGCACGCCCACGUCGGCGGGCGCCAGCCCGCAGGAGCUGCCGAGCACGCGCCCGCGGGAGCCGCCGAGGCCGGCGACUCCGCCGCGCCGCGCAGCGGCCGCGGGCGGCGCGCUGCAGCGGCCCUCGAGCCUGCGGGCCUGUCAGGACCAACGGCAGCCGGCGGCGCAGCACCGCCGCCGCCCCUCGCCGCCGACGCGGGGCAGGAAGCGGCGCAGUGCGCGGCGCUGGCGGGCGAGCUGCCGGGGGGCAAGCACGUGUCCGCUCAGGCGCAGGGCUGCGCCGCCGCUGGCGGCGCGUGAGGGUCGGGCCUGGCCUACUCGGCAAGGCGGAGUUCACGGCAUGAUUUUGCAAUUCGAGCCUUUGUCGAUGCCAGGCGAAUCCCAAUUCAUUGCAUGGCUAGUUUUUUUUGUUUGCUCUGCGACGGGGCGGCACAGGCUUUGACUCCCGCGUGGCCAGCUCCUGUUCCCACAUCUCCACCACGUCCAGACGAAGAUGCUUGAAUUGCUGUUCGUGUGGCUGGCGUUCUGACCAGUCUUCAUCUCUUUGCGAACGCAGUGAACGCACAUGGGCACACAUGCUGACCGAAUUUUUGCU